AUGGGCAAACUUGAUAGGAGAAGUGGAUAUUCCCGAUAUGAGACAAAGAGCUUGGAGAUGCAAUAUAAUGAAGGUUACACCCUAUUGGAUAAAUUAAAGAAUGACAGUUUGGUUAUUAAAGGGGGGGGUCAAUGGAGAAUCCAUCCUUUGCUAAGGGGCAUGGCUAUUAAUAUUGCAAAGGCGACUGAGGAAAUUAUAGCAAAAUCUGAUAUGAAUUGCAUAGAAAUACCGGAGAAUAGCGAAUGGCAUGAAAAUCUACAAAAAGUUUUUUUGAGAGGAACUGGAAUACAAAAAAUUGUAGAUGGCACAUCUCCUAAAUGCUCUAAACUUUCCACAUUGCUUUUAGAUAAUAAUGAUUAUCUCGAAUGGAUCCCAGAUAAUUUUUUUAACAACAUGCCUGCUCUUAAAGUACUCGAUUUGUCUAGGACUAGCAUUAAGCGUUUGCCUGAAUCUGUCUCUAACUUGAAAUGCCUCAUCACAUUACUUUUGAGAUGUAAGAAAUUGAGUUACAUGCCUUCAUUAGAAAAAUUGCAACGGCUAAUGUGGUUGGACCUUUCAAAUACUGCCAUUAUUGAAUCACCUUAUGGCUUGGAAUUGUUGAUCAAUCUUAGAUAUCUUAAUCUAGCAGGUACAGUACAGUUGAAAAUGUCAUCAUCAGUGAUAACCAAUAUGACCGAUCUGCAGUCUCUUAGGUUGAACUGUAUCCCAAAAUCAAUGGAUGGGAGUGCACAUGUUCUACAAUGUUUGGGAAAGUUAGAAUAUAUGACAGCCAACUUUUAUGACAUUGAAGAGUUUAAUUCCGAUGUUCAGAGUUUACAGGUCAAAGAUCGCGCCCUCAAAGAGUUAUAUCUUCCAGAAGACAUAAAGGAGUUGAUGAUUACACAUGCACAUCACCAUUGGACAGGAACAACAUGUCUAUGUCAGACUUUGUCAUUCCCUAAGCUAGUCAAAAUUGAAUAUUUGAGGAUGCAUGAAUGUGAUAAGCUUGAGAACUUGUGUUGUGGCUCUCCCACUUGCCCAUUUUGGUGCAGUGUCCAAUUUAUGCAAACAUUGAGGCUCACAUGUUUGAAAGACUUGAAACAAAUAGCGGCAUCAUUUGCUCCAUUUUCUCACCUCCGAAAGCUCAAAAUGCAUCAUUGUGGCAGCAUGAGGAUUCUGAUGAUGUGGAUUAUUUGCACACAGCUCCAAAACCUAGAGGCCAUUCAUGUAAGCGGUUGUGAUUCAAUGGAAGAAAUAGUUGGAGACGAUUGUAGCGGUGAAACUAUUCCCCCUACCACCAUCACCCUCCCCAAACUGAGACUUGUGGUCUUGGAGCAGCUUCCAAAAUUAAAGUCCGUAUUCAGAGGAACCCUACUCUGUCCUUCUCUCAAAUCUUUUAGAGCCAUCUAUUGUGAGAAACUAAUUAGCCAACCUCUGAUAGAGAUUGCAAAAGGAAAUGCGCUUCAGAUGGAGAAGAAGGAACUCUUGAAUGGAUACGGUUGGCAAAAGAG